AUGCCAGGAAUUCCAUUUCUGUACGGAUCCGCCGUCCGGUGGCACCGAUACUACCUACUGCUGUUGGCUGUGAUCGUAGGAAAUUCUGUCUGUCAAAAUCCGGAAGAUGGCCCGUACCGGGGGAAGUAUAUUGGAAAGUUCAACUCAUACCACCAUCAGGCCUCCGGUGAUGUGUACGCGGUCGACGAGUACACCUUCCUGCUGACUGGCUUCAACUACGACGGCAACGGUGUGGACACCUUCUUCUGGUCCGGAGCGAGCAAUCGUCCCGGACCUCAGGGAUUCAUCGUGCCCGACGAGUACGGAAAAACAAACAUACUGGAGCGAUAUUUCAACAAGGACUUUACUUUACGACUGCCGGAUAGCAAGAAAAUCACCGAAGUGCAGUGGCUGGCCGUGUACGAUCUGAACUCGCAGAACAACUUCGCCGACGUGUACAUUCCGGAGGACUUUGAGCCACCGGUGCCGCAAAAGGCGGGCAGCUUGACGGCUGUCGCCGGUGGCCCGGUGGUGUCGAGCGACAGCAUCGACAUUCUCGACUCGAAGACGAUCCGCAUCACGGAGUUCAGCUACGACGGCAAGGGAGGCGGCUCGGUGCACUUCUGGGUCGGCGUUGGGCCAUCGCCUUCGUCCAAGGGCAGCAAGGUGCCGGACGAGAUGGGGUACCUCGAUCCGAUCCGGGCGUACGAUCGCGAAACGAUCACGCUCGAACUGCCCGGCGACAUGACGAUCUUCGACAUCGAUUGGUUCAGCGUAUACGACGUCGAAGCCCGCCGGGACUACGGUUCCAUCCUGGUGUCGGACGAUCUGAACGUACCGCCCUCGCUGGUGCACGUCACACCGCACACGGCCUCGCUACCGAACUGCCGUCAGCUGCACAAGGACUAUCGCAUGUCGUGGGAGGUGUUUGGGCCGCAGAUCACGAUCCAACUGGCCGGGAACGUGCGGUCGGACGAGUAUCUGUCGUUCGGUAUCAGCGGAUCGGAGCACCGCAGCCAGAUGUUGGGCGCCGACGUUGUGGUCGCGUUCAUCGACGGGCACCGUGGGUACGCGGUGGACUACAACAUUACCUCCCUGGCACCGUGCGUACAGGUGCUCGGCCAGAACAAGGGCGUGUGCCGGGAUGACGUGGUCGGAGGACUGGACAGCUUCCAGCUGCACACGUUCACGCGGGAGAACGACAUCAACACGAUCACCUUCCGCCGGACGCUCAUCUCUUCCGAUCCGGGUGACAAGGAGUUCCUGCUCGAUCGUCCGAUGUACGUAGUGUGGGCCAUGGGCCGGCUGGACUCCAACAACGAGCCAACCUACCACGACGUCUACCCGAAGCGUAACGUGCAGAUACACUUCAACACCUCCGAGCCGGUCAACGAUUGCUUCAGCUUCACCAGCCGCGAUGCCAACCUGAAGGACGUGUGGGAGCGGCAGCAGAUCUUCGACCGAUCGGUGCGUGCCUUUACGGCUACCCUCGGGCCGGCAGGAGGCAAACGGGGCUACCAAGGCAUUACGGGGCACGUAUCGAACGGGCUCGCCUGGUACAUCAAUGGGUUCCUCGUGCCGGAGUUGUGGCUUCGGCGAGGGCUCACUUACUCGUUUAUGGUGCGGGGCGGCAACAAUCCUCAUUCGCCCGAAUUCUAUCAUCCGCUCGUGAUCACCGAUGAACCGCACGGUGGCUUCGACCGGCUGUCCGACGCGAAGCAGAGCGAGAUUCGUGUGCUGGCCGGAGUCGAAUUUACGCGCCGUGGCCGACCGAAACCGACCGCCGCUGGUCCGCUCUGCCUGGCGCGCCACCCGGAGGGACAGGAUCGUCGGUUGGAUGACAACUUUCCCACGUUCAAGAAGUUCAACCGUACGCUCAAGUGGACCUGCGACUCUGGCGACGCGGCGAUUUUGCAGAUCACACCGAACACCAGCUGGCCUGACGUGGUGUACUACAACAGCUUUACCCACGCCAACAUGGGCUGGAAAAUACACAUAGUGGACAGUUACAGCCAGUCGGCUCGAAGCGGUUGUGCGGAAGCCACCGCAGCCGGACACUUGCUGCGAAUAAUACUGGUUGCGUGCGGGAGUGUUCUAGUUUGGACAUGGUCUCAGAGAGAAAUAAAGUGA